UCAUAAACGGCGCCCGCCAUAUUGGACUGUGCACGCUCCCUGGGAGCUCGUGGCACCACAAUCCGGUGCCCGCUGUGUCAGGAGGCCAAUCAGUGAUCACAUGCAGAGUAGUAAGCAAGAUGUCACUUCCUGACAUCAUUGCUUACUACGUGUGAAAUCUGUGAAUGAUCACAGAGAUCACAUGGUACAGGGCCAUUCACAACAGUCUUGUACCAUCCAUUGAGAAAUACUGUGUGAGCUGUGAUUGGUCACAGCUUGUCACAUGGUACAAGGCUGUUGUGAACGGCCCUGUACCAUGUGACCUCUAUGAUCAUUCACAG